AUGAAGGCCGACGCCAUGUGCAGGCGCUGCUUGGCAGCCAACGCCCUCGCCUUGCUAGCUGUGCCCAACAGAGACGCGUUCGCCGCCGGACUGCGGCCAGCACUGGGGCCUGGCCGAUUCAGGGCGACGCGUUUUGAGGGCGAGUACUCCGACCUCCUUCACCCUCUCUGUGAUCGAAAAAUCGCCGUGGACACCAGCGCCCUCAAGCAGAGCGGCGGUGGCGACUAUUUCCUCGCCACCUUCUCCGGCAACGACAUCGGCCCACCGGGUGUCGGCAAUGUCGUCAGGGCCUCCUGCGACGCGGAGAGCGUCUCCCGGUACGGGCUGCGAGAUUGGAGCUUCGAGGCGCGCAUCUCGGGUGACGGCGAGCAGGCGCGCAAACGAGCAAAGAGCGAAGGCAGCACCCGAGAUAUAUAUCAUAGCGUCAACGCUGCGUGCCGGCUGCCGCAGGUGGAUGCCGGCGACGGCGUGCAUGUGGGCAGGUGGCACCCGAGGGCUGCUGAUGGCGAGGCUUGGGAAGGCAUCAGAUGGAAAGACGGCAACCGCUGGCUCCUGGAGCAACAAGCGGCAGAAUGA